GCCCCGACCCCGGCCCAGGCUGCAGCCCCAGCCCGGGGGUUUCUUGAUGUGGCCGCGGCCCCAGGGCAGCCCCAGGCCCUGCAGAGAUGGUGUGUGGGGCCCCUGCCCGGCUCUGUCCGCUCGGGCUGCGGGGCCGAGCUCCGCCCAGGCCCUGCGGAGAGCACGAAGGAAACAGGCGGCCGUGCUGGGGAAGUGGAAGUGCCUGGCCAGGAGCCAUGGCCGCGGGGGACCUGGCGGGGAGCUUCCAGGAGGAGGUGACUUGCCCCGUGUGUCUGGACUAUUUCACGGACCCGGUGAUUCCCGAGUGCGGACACAACCUGCAUCGGGCAGUGCUGGGGGAGCCGCAGCCCCAGGGCUGCUGCCCGCAGUGCAGGGCGCCGGCCCCGCACAGGGACCUGCGGCCCAACAGGCAGCUGGGCAACGUGGUGGAGCUGGUGAAGCGGCUGCGGCUGCCGGCGGGGAGCGAGCCCGCGGGGCUGCCCGUGUGCCGGACGCACCAGGAGGCCCUGAAGCUCUUCUGCCAGGAGGACGAGGCGCCCAUCUGCGUGGUGUGCGCCAGGUCCCGGGAGCACCGACAUCACACUGUGAUUGAUCCCCGUGGAGGAGGCUGCCCAGGACUACCAGGAGCGGAUGCGGAGCCGCCUGGAGCGCCUGCGGGAGCAGAGAGAGGAGCUGCGGGGCCUGAACCGCGCCUGGGAGCAGGAGAGCGAAGGGCUCCGGGAUGUCAGACGCGCCAUGAGCAGGGGCGAGGAGGUGACGCCUCUGCAUGCAGCCCCCAAGUUCCCCGAGCUGGAGAAGAGACUCCGGGGUUUCCCUGGAGAGAACAAGCUGCAGGAGGCUCUGACGGGAUUCCUGGAGCGGAUGGCGGCGGAGAGAGGAUUCAGAAGAGCCUGAGGACAUGCAGCGGACGUGACUCUGGACCCAGGGACGGCUCAUCCCAAACUCGUCCUAACAAGGUAAAGCGACAGAGAGAGCAAAUCCAGUCUGAGUGCGAGAAGCUGCGUCGCUUUGUGAGCGAGGAGGAGCAGCGGCUUCUGCAGAGACUGGAGGAGGAGGAGAGGGAGACUCUGCGGAGCCUGAAGGCGAACGUAGCCCAACUCUCCCGGCAAAGCUCCUCUCUGCGCACGCUGAUCUCGGAGAUAGAGGAGAAGAGCCGGCAGACACCUGCUGAGCUGCUGAAGGUGAGCGUGUGCUGCUGAUCCGGCCCCUCAAUGCUGCUGC